ACACGCAUGUCUUUGUAGGCUUUUCGCGGGGACCAAUUUGGGACGUUGGUCCUUAGCGAAUUUCUUAAUCUGGAAGCCCGACCGGACUAUAAAAGGCGCACGCAGCCUAAUUUCCGGAGGACAGAGAUUGCGAAGAACAACCAGGAAGCAGCUGGGCUGGGAGCUGUCCCCGGUUCUCCGCUCUGCUUUCGAGGGUGCCUCCAGGGGUCCCUAAACCGCGGUCCCCAGACUGGUCCUAGGCUCCGGCCCGGGCCCGUCACUCCGGAGCUGCCAUGUCAUCUGAUUUCGAAGGCUACGAGCAGGACUUCGCGGUGCUCACUGCAGAGAUCACCAGCAAAAUUUCGAGGGUCCCCCGCCUCCCGCCUGAUGAGAAGAAACAAAUGGUUGCAAAUGUGGAAAAACAGCUUGAAGAGGCAAAAGAACUGCUUGAACAGAUGGAUUUGGAAGUCCGAGAGAUACCACCCCAAAGUCGAGGAAUGUACAGCAACAGAAUGAGAAGCUACAAGCAAGAAAUGGGAAAACUCGAAACAGAUUUUAAAAGGUCACGGAUCGCCUACAGUGACGAAGUACGGAAUGAGCUCCUAGGGGAUGAUGGGAAUUCCUCAGAGAACCAGUUGAUAAAAUUACGUGAAGAGAGGGCACAUCUGCUCGAUAACACAGAGAGGCUGGAAAGGUCAUCGCGGAGACUAGAGGCUGGGUACCAAAUAGCAGUGGAAACCGAACAAAUUGGCCAGGAGAUGUUGGAAAACCUCAGUCAUGACAGAGAAAAGAUACAACGAGCACGGGAAAGACUUCGGGAAACAGACGCCAACCUGGGCAAGAGCUCCAGGAUCCUGACAGGGAUGUUGCGAAGGAUCAUCCAGAACCGCAUCCUGCUCGUCAUCCUGGGAAUCAUCGUGGUCAUCACCAUCCUGAUGGCGAUCACUUUUUUUGUCCGAAGACACUGAUGUAUCUGCUCUCCCUUGAUAAACAGCAACCGAGGCUUGUUCUAAGUAAUUAAGACAAAAUGGUCACAUGAAUCAUUCUUUUGCGCUGACAGGCCCUGGGUGACCCUCUCUCUCCCUCACCACUGUUCAGCUGAAGUGCAAAGAGUGUAAAAAUAUUUUCUGUUCCUGUUUGCAUGUGGGUUGGUUUCCUUUUCUAGAUUUAUCUUCACCCAGAUUUGCUUUUAUAGGAAAAGGUGAAUGUUUAUUUGCCUUUUGGUAAUGUCAUCUGUUGUCCAAAAUAACCUUGGUGACAUUCUUCCUUACCCUGCAGACAUGUUAGGGGUCAUGGUUUGGAAGAGGGCAUGAUGAGUCAGUCACGGGAGUUUCUGUCUGUCACGUACCUCUUGUCACCGAAAAGUCCUUCUAUGAUGUCCAAGGAUAAAAAUGCAAAGAAAACAAGGGGCCAGAGCCAGUGUCCAGCUCCCACAAGCCAGCCCUGUCCCUUCCCAGGCUUAAUAAAUACAGUCAACCUGCCUGAGUGCUUUUAUUGCAAAGGAAGGUAUUUAAUGUCACUUGUACAGGAAAUUGACUUAGCACUUUCCCUAUUUUUCUAUUGCAUAAUUUUUUAACCCAAGAAUAUUUUUGCUGAACCUGCCCAAUAUCCACUUUUCUCAACUUUGGUUAUUGGCCACAAGAAACAUUUCCCUGUCUUCCCCAAAUCACACAUUCCCCAGAAUGUGCUGGUAAAAGGAACCCUGGCACAGUAUUUAAUUGCGACCUCAUCUUCCCUGACCUGUGUAAGCAUCCCUGUAUCCUUUCGGUUUUAAUAUCUGCUCUGCAGAAGCAGCCCUCAAACAUGCAAGAGGUCUGCCAAGGCUCUCUCCACAUCCAUUCCAGUAUGUAAAGAGAACAUGAAUAUUUCAGUAAGAGCAAGAACAUGGCUGUCGCUGUGAAAUUUCCAAUGUGGUUGUAAAUCUGGGGAGUCCUGUAGGAUGAGCCACUAGGAAUGAACUUCGUGGAAAAUGUUCACGAACCUCCUUUCAAAGAAUGAGGGAUUGCAGAGUGUUACAGAAGGACCACUGGGUUUUUACCAACACGUGUUAGUAAAGCCUUUCCUGAAGUCACUGUAUCCCAACCGCCAACAUGCUCUGUGAGUCUUCUUUCUGUCUGAGGGAACCAGGAAUUGCGUUCAAAAUGAGUUCAUUUGUAAUCGGGCUUAAAAGUUGCCCAAGCUGAGGUCAUUUUCCCCCUAGUCAUAAAGCAAAAUGUGUUUUUCAUAAGACUUCAUAGGCACUUAUGGGGUCCCUACUAUCUUUUGAAUAUAAUUGGAAGUUUUGAAUCCACGAAAAGCAAACCUGUUCCCUUCAUAAAACAUGCUAACCGCCUGUGCUCAUGGAUCAAGAUCAUCCGAAGGCAGCCCUAGAUUUUUUCCCCCCAACUCGGAAGAGAGCUGUUAUGGUGUGGAGAGGAAAUGCAGACUUCACAACCCACCAGAGGAGUCGUAUUUAUCAAAACAGGCCAGGGCCUGCAUGUGUUCGGAUAAAUCAUUUAGUAUUGUGUAAAUAAAGCUGCAACCUUCACGUUGGAGGGAUGGGGUGAGAUUUUGGCCGAACGAAGCAGGACAGCGAAGGGGCAGGAAGCUGCGCUGCCUCUCCUGUCAGCUCACGGGACCCAUCUCAGCAAGAACCUCUCAUCCUGACAUCCCAAUUCUGGAUGCGCUAAACACAUGGAAGAAACCAUUUAGAGCAAGGAAACAAACAACCCCCUCUCACUCUGCAAUCGCUGUGAGCACACUGACCCUCUGGCGACUCCAGUUGAUCUCAGGGAAGGGCGUAACCUGGCCUAGCUGCGCCCCACCUCUGCCAGGGCCACCUAGCGAGUAAGGUUGAGCUGAUCAUCUCCACUUGCUGGCUCCUAAAUAUUUCACCGAAACCCAUGUUCCUGUUGAAGCAGAUGAGAAAGAAGGAGCUCGUUCACCGCUCACCUCUCCAUGACUUUUUCUGCCAAAUUCUAAAUCUUUAUCAGCUCUCACCUGUGGUUUUGCCCCAGAUCAACCCUGGGAGUGGGAAGGAUGUGAACAGAUUACCCUCGAUCUAUCGGCUCCAUCAAACCCCCUCGAGAGCAACCACCUAGACCAAGCCAGGGAACGCUUGGCGAGGACACUGGUGAAGGUCCCUUGUGGCUGCAAGAGAGACUCAAAGAACCCCAAGGGAGGCCAAGUGCUCUCCCUCCUUCCCGCUGCACUGGGGAAGGAAGACAGUCCACGCGUCUGAAGCAGGUCAUGGGUCUAUGGAAGGUUCUAGGUACCUACUCUGUAACUGUGAUUGUUGAAUAGUCCCAAAGUUGGCAGCCUUUGUUAAAAAUGAUGCUUGAUGGGAGGGUGGAGGGAGGACGAAGAUGAAGGGUGGAGGAGGAAGAAGAGGAGGAAGCCCUUGCCAUAUAAAAUUCAUGCAGACUAAACAGUUUCCCUGACAGAAUAAAUAAAGCGACGCUACCCUGCUCCAGAAUCAAAAGCAAUUUAAUUAAAGUCUCUUAAGUUGUAAAGAGUUUUAAAUGUUCCGUGUUGAAGGCAAUGCCUGCGAAUGCAGCGGGCUUACGUCAGCGGCCGGGCCUGGGCUGGGAGGCCAUUUGCUAUUCUGUUUCAGGCAGGCUGGAUUGUCUUAUUUUGGAACCAGCUUGGUGGGGGGUUUGCUUUGCUACUGCUUCUGAGCCCUGAGCUUCAAAGGCUGAAAUUAAUGGUGAACAAAAUUGUACGGCUCUGGCCGUCCCAUGCGGGGCAGGCCCAUUGAGGGUUAUCAUUAAGUAAAGAAAUAAAGGGGGAAAAGCCUGCCUGUUCCAAAAACCUCAUCAGAUAAUGACCUCGGUGAUUGGGUUUUCAUUACCAAACAGCAUCCAGAGAUUACCAACCCAUGGAAGAAGGGAGGGGGGAAGAAAGAAAGGAAAAGCCACUGUCUUUCUCUCCCUCUCUUUCUCCUUUUUUUUUCCCCUGCACAUCUUUUCUUUAAAACUGUCAGAUCAUUUCAGUAUUUCAAAUCCGAGGAAAACAGCCUGCCUGCUGCUGUAUUUGAAGUUGUAAUGGUGUCAAAAAGUCACGACUGACUGACAGCCGUCAGUCCCAGAGGGACUCAUUAAAUCAUAAAAACUUGACAAGGAAAUAAUUGCGCAUCGCCAGCAACUUGGCGCCUGUUUAGACGUUUUUAUUUUCUUUCAUUAUUAGUCCCCACCAUUACGUUCAUUAACAAAUUGCAUUAAACAACUGUUAAGGGCUAAUGAUUUGUUUAUCGCUUUUUUUAUUAUUAUUAUUUAAACAUUAGCUGUGUCAUGUGGUACCUCAGCAGCCUCUUGCCAUCAUCUGACUGAAUAUUUUUCCACUCCGAGCUCUGGGUACUGUUGGAAUAUGAAAUAGAUUAUUCAUUACUCUCCUCUUUGCCACUGAUUUGGUUUCAUGUAGCGUCUUCCACAGAGAAAGAUGAAAACUUGUCAAAAAUAGGUUAUAUCUUAUUCGAAGGGGCAACAAUAGCGGCAGGUCCAGGCACACUUUAAUAUUUAAUUAAGGUUGAUGUUAACCCCUUUAAAUGACUUUAGCUGUAAGUUAUAUUUAAAUGCAGAAGAGAAAAAUAAUUGUUCUUAAUUUGCAACCUGGUCAGCAGGCAUUCUUCAUGGAGUUAGCUGGAAAUUUUAGAGCAGAAUUUUUAAAUAAUGAAAUUUCCCAUCAUAAAUAUUUAUAGUGGUUUGUCUACGUAGUUGAGAAUUAACUACAAGCGAUGAUUUCCUUGUCUCUUUGGCGUGAACUGCUAGCCUAGCGGGCCACUCUGUGCUUGGGCGCGCGCGGCCUUCCUGGGAGAAAGGUGUGCUUUGAGGGGAAGUCCAGAACCAAGGGCUGCGGUUGGCGUGGCCAGCGCCGGCUUCAAAAGAACUGCUGUGAGUCCCCCGUCUGUGGGCCACUUGCCUUCCCCUUUAGCUGAGUGUGUGGUUGCAGGACUGUGGUCUGCAGUGAGAGGAAGUAGAACCGUCUUAAUGGAGGACUUGUGUGUGUCCCGUGGCUGGCACAGGGAGGCCAUGGUGGGGAGUCCUGGCACCUCUGUAUGGUCAGCCCGAGCUCAUGACAAACACUGCUUCCCAACAGGCAACAGGGGCAGCACUUUGCAGGAAUUGACCUUCCACCCUCUUUCCUUUCUGUGACUUGCCCUUGCUGAACCAAUCGGCUCUUCCAAGGGCUGUGAGCUUGAGGGCCAGAGAGGACAAAACUCCACCAUGGUCUCUAAGAAUCGGAAGGCAGUGCCGAUCUUCAUGCCAUAACUGCUGGCUGUGCCCGCUCACCAUCUGUUUGAUGAGUUGACAUCACGCACAGAAGCCAGUUGCAGAGGCCUGGU